GUUUCCACUUUAUUAAAGCCUGUCAGAAACAGAACAAUGCUGAUAAAUUAUCUUUGGAUUGCACUUUAAUUAAUAUUUCAUAUAUUUUUAAAACUUUUUAUUGUAUCAACCGUGAAUUUAAAUCUUUGCCCCAUAUGAACAAUAUAUAUUUUAUACUUUUUUAAAUGAACUGCCACCAGUAUUAUUUAAUUUGGUUGACUUCACUGGCGUCACUUAGGGAAUUAAGUGUAAAUUUAUUUACACUUACCACUUGUAUUUACUUUGAAUAUGCGAACCACAUUUUUCAGUUUGUGUUAAUAUAAGCAUAAAUUGCAGAAAUUCCAGUGUUCUUUUCCGUAGAAUGGGCUUACCUUCAACUCAGGUGUUGUGCCAAAAUAAUUGCUAGGUUUUUCGACUUUCCUUUUGAGUUGACAGCAAUGGAAAUGGGGCUCAGUUGUAGUUACCCAGCUUGGCUCUAGUUAAUGCAAUUUUUAAGUAUUUUUUUCUGGCCACAUUGCAGUUUUAAUUUGGCUUAGCUCGAAUUUCCAGAGUCCGACAUUGGGCUCAUAAAUUAGUUGGGUGCUCGGUUUCAAGUUGCAUGCCGCAAAUUGCCUUGCACCUUGCCACUUGUUAUGGCUUGGUCUGGUGGUUUAAUUUUUAAUUUCGUUUAUAAUUUCACUCAACUCUGGUCUGGCUUAAUGUGCUCUAUUUAUUUACUUGUAGUAACAUGUUUUUUGUACUGCGUAAAAGUUCCCAUUAAAGCCACUCAGUUUUUUUUCGCUCACUUUUGGGAAUUUCUCCAUACCAGUGGCUGCGACAUUUGAAUCCACCUUGAACCAUGAACUCGGCUAUGUUUCGGGUUUUUCAUGCAUAUUUAUACUUUAUUUAUUCACUCUUAUUAUCAAAUAAAGAGCCAGAAUUUUUUGCUGUCGCAUGUUUGACAUGCCGUUUGUUAUUCUUGAUCAGAGCCUGUGUGCGCAGAUAUUUUAUUUUACCUUUUUGGGAUGUCCCGUCAUGACCUUUACAUUUUUUUCGGCUCCCUAAAGGGUUAAGCAUUUUUGUCAUUUUUUGGCCAGGGGAAAUGCAACAACAUUAUUUAAAAGAAAUUCAGUACGAACUGAAUUGAUUUAAAGUAAAGUAAAGUUGUACGAUUUUACUGUCAAUUUUCGUUUGUAUUCAAUGUCUUUUUAGAUCUACAAAAUAAAAAUCAGAAAUGGAGAACCGCACUAUAUCGCACUACCUCACAUUUGCCUUAAAGAAGCUUGACCCACCAGCAGAUUGGGAGGAUAUCCUGAAGUUCGUCUUGACCACCCUGAACUCCACGUGGCGUCGCAAAUAUUACACCAAAGAAUUGAGAAAGGCUCUGGAAGUUGGACUACGCUUUGGCAUAAUACGCGAAAUGAAAAGCAAAUAUUAUCUGUAUGAAUAUGCGGAAAUAAAUUCGUUUGGAGAAAUUUCAUACGAGUUUACCGACAACCCCCUGAGUAUUUUGCGUAUAAAGAAUGAAGGGGAGAAGGAUGAUGAGAAGGAGCAGGAUGAUGCCUGAAUUAGUCUUUCAGAAAAAGCGUGAAAAGAAAAUAGCAGUUCUUGACCAAAAGAUAUUUUAUUGAGUAUGCCAAAUAAACAUAAUCAUUAUGUA